UUACAGCAUCUGUCACGUUAACUUUUAUUGAGUGGAAAAAGUUUCAGAUAUAUAAACCAGCCACACAUCAGACCUAGGCAGACUUAGCAACUUAUACUAAUGAUGCUGUCAUUGCUGUUGCUGCUGGCUCUCUCCUCAGUCAGUCCUCAGGACAUCGUGAAGAAGCCCUCAGAGGACAGACAUGUGACCUCUUUGAAUCAAGAUCAGGAGGACAAAAUUCCUGAAAUGACAGACAUCUCAGCUAACACAUCAGUAUAUCAAAAACUUCUGUUUCCUGCAAGGACAAAACAGAAAAGGCAGGCGUUUGAAAAUAAGUAUGUGAAAUGGCAGACCUGGAAUGGUUCUCUCCCUGAUGGAGCAGUGGGCGCUUCCAACUACUUGGACCAUGCUGUUUAUGUCUGCAAAUAUGGAUGCGAAGCUGGUUUCUACAGCAGUAGCUUGGGAGAUUUUUGCCACUAUCCGAUUGAUGGCAAAGAGCAACGUACAAGCUCAUUUGAUAUUCUUGUGAAUGAAAACAACUUUGAGAGCCUGGACUGGAAGGAAGGUUCCAAUGGUUCAGUGUACGAAUAUGUAUUUAAAACAUGUUCUAGUGAUGAGUUUUAUAUUGGAAAAACUUGGUUUUUUGGUCUAGGUAAAGUGCAUCCUGGUCGUGGGUUAUUUUAUUUUCUUCUUAGAGGUACAGAACACAGUACUUCAGACUAUGAGGUGCUGACCAUCAAUAGGGAUAUUGACAAUGAGCUUAUCUCUCAUGUCACGUAUAAAACUAAUGAUGCUAAAAUCAUCCGGUAUCCUCCAUCGAUCAUAAGGGUCGAUCCCAUUUCUAACAAUAGAUGCAAUCCAGUGACAAAGACAGUUACUCUUUCAAAGACAGUUUUAGAUGAUAAAUGGUGGGAUUUGGGCGCUCUCCCUUUUUAGUUCCAGGAAGACUUUCCAGACAGGAAUCCCUAACAUAGUAAAUGGAGCGAUUGAGGUUAGCACAACUGACAGCAUAUUGGACUUUACAGGAGUGCCGACUAAAACAGAACCGGUAAACCACUCUGUUAAAGUUCAGGUCUCCAUCCCACCAAACCACUUCUGCAUUGUCAAAAUGCUGGCUUACAAGUACGAUGUAAACAUGCCUUUCACUGCUCUUCUCUCCCGAAUAUACAGGAAGUUUAGGGUUAAAGAAGUACACAUCUCAGGAACAUACCACGGCCUCCAGGUUGGAGAGGUCCGUGCUGUGGUAGAAAGGUGUGCUCACCUAAGUUCUGCACAGCCUUGCCCAUAAAAGACAUAAUAACACAGUUGUAAUCGUAGAUAUAUAUAGAUGUUCUUGGUACAGCUGAGAUCUUGAUUGAAGCAUAGAGGUGAUUGGGCCUUAGCUUUUGUAGUACAUAAUCUCUGAAUAACUUGGCAAUCGAUGUUUGUACUUCAGAGUCUAUACAGCCUUUCAAAUCGCAUCUUAAAACUCCCUUUUCAAUGUUGCCUUUUAAUUUAAGUACAGUUUAAAUUCCCUCAGGUUGCUUUAUGUUAUGUAUUUCAUGUUAAAUAUAUUGACAUUCACUCAUCUCAUGUCUUAAUUUUCUGUUGUCUCUUGUUCAUAAGUAAUUGUGAAGCACUUUGGUCAAUUUUGUUGCUUUUAAAUGUGCUAUAGAAAUAAAAAUGAUGCUUAAUUGAUUUAUUAAACUGUAAAGUAAAACUUAAUAUUGCAUGUUUAACCCAAAAUGAAAUAAAAAUGUCCA